AUGCUAUUCCCCAGCAGUGGGACAGCGGAUGCUACAGUUGGCCGUCAGCAGCAGGGGAAAAUCACCUUCCACAUCUCUGUAACCCUGAAGGAAACACAGGAGUAUCAGCCAGCGUCUGAGUUAGGAAUGGGCUGGGUGGCACCUCGCACCCUGGUAGACAAUUGCCGGCCAGGAGGUGAGAUCAUGGAGAACAGUCACAGACACAUCCUUGACAGGUGUCCAUCCCUGAGAACAGGGAGUCUACGUCGAGAGGUGGUGCUGGAGGAAAAUGAGGAGGAGGUGGAGGAAAAAAUGAAGAGUGACAGGUUGAAAAGACAUCCCUCAAAGAGCCUAGGUAACUCUUCAGAUAUCACAGAAGCAGACACCCAGGACUUGCAUAACUACCACGUCAAUGUCCAUGCCCGAGGGCUGGCCUUUGGCGGCCACGGCGCGGUCACAGGACACACGCUGCCUCGGGCUAUGCUACGCAGAACCCAUCAGGAUGAGGCCUCACCCUGCAGGAGGACUAUGAGCAUGUAUGGUGAACCGGCGGAACAGAAAAAUGAGCCUCAGCCCGAACGACUCCGGAGGCCGAGGAGCGUGUGCAUGCUUUUGGGCCCUGGCCCAGUUGUGGAGCAUGGCAAGCAAAACUCCCUGAAAAGGAAUGGUGCGUUGGAGGCCAGCCAGCUGUACAGGAGCAGAAAAGCUGAGCUGAGGGUUGUAGAUGGUCUCAAUCCGGUCGCGGUUCAACGAGUCCCGGUUUCUGCAGAGGUUAUCCCCAGAGUUCGCCACAGAAGCAUGAAGACCCGGCCUCUUAGUAUGACUGUCCUGGAGCUCAGAAAACGAGCUUCUGAAAAUGACAUAAGUAGGCAGCAGAGCAACACUGGCCAUGAUAGUAGUAACUUCCUAAAAGGAGCCUUCCGUUGGAAGCUAUUUUUAAAAAGCUCUCCGGAUAAGAACAAGGAGAGUGAUGUUGUCAAAUGUACUAAAUCUUCCAAGUCAGUGAAAUCAGAUGCCCCAAAAAGUACACUGAGCUCAUUGAGGCGAAGCCUGAGUAUGCGAAUUCGGAGGACUCGGCCCCGGGAGAAAGUGACCCCAGGGUUUGAAGGCCCUACACGGGAACCCUCUAAUGGGAAAACUGUUGAUCUAAUGCCUCCUCCCCCUUUCUCAUACCUCACGGGGAGAACGCUACCGCCAUCCGGUGAGCAGGCCGAGGAUAAGGGUAUGCAGUUCGUCCAGUACCGGAGCAGGGGCAAGGUCAAGGUGAUGGAAGUGCCCCUGUGCUCGACUAAAUUGUCCAGACCAGCUCCAGAGGAGUUGAGCAUUUGGCAGCUCAUAGCCAACCGCUUCAGGAGGAAAGAGCAGCCAGACAAAUUCGAAUCGAAAAACUCAGGGCAGCAUGUGCUGACUCUGAAUAAUAAGUCACUGCCGGUCGCCAUAGAGACACUAGCAGACACGGAGUGUAAUAAAGGUCAAGACUCUUUUGUCAACAGCCAGGAAUGGACGCUGAGCCGGUCGGUACCAGAACUGAAAGUGGGAAUUGUGGGGAAUCUGUCCAGCGGGAAGUCGGCCUUAGUCCACCGCUACUUGACGGGCACGUACGUGCAGGAAGAGUCUCCUGAAGGUGGUCGUUUUAAGAAGGAAAUCGUGGUGGAUGGGCAGAGCUAUCUCCUCCUGAUAAGAGACGAAGGAGGACCUCCUGAGUUACAGUUUGCCGCCUGGGUGGACGCGGUGGUUUUUGUAUUCAGCCUGGAAGACGAGAUAAGCUUCCAGACGGUGUACAACUAUUUUCUGCGUCUGUCCAGCUACAGGAACGCAGCUGAGGUGCCCAUGGUCCUCGUGGGGACACAAGAUGCCAUUAGCGCCGCCAACCCCAGAGUGAUCGAUGAUUCGCGGGCCAGAAAGUUGUCCAAUGACCUGAAGCGCUGCACGUAUUACGAAACAUGCUCCACCUACGGCCUCAAUGUGGAGAGAGUCUUUCAGGAUGUGGCCCAGAAAGUGGUGGCCAUGAGGAAAAAGCAGCAGCUCUCCAUUGGGCCAUGCAAAUCUCUGCCAAACUCGCCCAGCCACUCAUCAGUCCCUGCAGCCUCCAUUCCCGCCGUUCACAUUAAUCAGGCGGCGAACGGCGGCUGCGCCUUCAGCGACUACUCCUCCUCUGUCCCCUCUACCCCCAGCAUAAGCCAGCGAGAGAUGCGCAUCGAGACCAUUGCUGCCUCCAACACCCCCACGCCCAUCCGCAAGCAGUCCAAGCGCCGCUCCAACAUUUUCACAUCGCGGAAAGCCAGCGAGCAGUCAAAGAGCGUUGAGAGUAAGACAGACAGCAUAGGCAGUGGAAGGGCCAUUCCUAUCAAACAGGGAAUCCUCCUGAAGCGAAGUGGCAAAUCCCUCAACAAGGAAUGGAAGAAGAAGUAUGUCACGCUGUGUGAUAACGGCGUCCUCACUUAUCACCCCAGUUUACACGACUACAUGCAAAAUGUUCAUGGGAAGGAGAUCGACUUGCUACGAACAACAGUCAAAGUUCCUGGAAAGCGACCCCCAAGGGCAGUGGCAACGACCGUCCCUCCCACAGCCAGCCCCAAGACCAACGGGAUGACCAAGGACCGUAGUGGCCUGCAACUGGGCAUUGGGAAUACAGGCGCUCCACACUCCAACAGCAGCACUUCCUUGCAGACGGGCACGUCCUUGUUCGGCAGCAAGGACGGAAUGCACCAGCGCUCCUUCUCCGUGUCCAGUGCCGACCAGUGGAAUGAUGCCAUCAACACCAGCACAACCAGCGCUGCCCCUAACGGAAUGAACGAUCCGGCCAGUUCCAGUGCGGGCAGCGCCACGAGUCCAAAGCUGGAUCCGCCUCCCUCGCCUCACGCCAAUCGCAAGAAACACAGACGGAAAAAGAGCACGGGCAUCACUAAGCCUGACGGUCUAUCUGCCGGAAAUGAAGAACAAGAGGAUUCGUUUGAGUUCAUCAUCGUGUCUCUAACCGGUCAAACGUGGAACUUUGAGGCGUCCACGUAUGAGGAGCGCGAGCUCUGGGUGACGGCUAUUGAGAGUCAAAUCUUCGCCAGCCUGCAGUCGUGUGAGAGCAUCAAGAAUAAGUCUCGAUUAGGCAGCCAGAGUGACGCCAUGGCCAUCCAGUCCAUACGCAACGUUAGAGGCAACAGCUUCUGCGUUGACUGUGAUGCAGCAAAUCCUGACUGGGCUAGUCUGAAUCUGGGGGCCCUGAUGUGCAUCGAGUGCUCAGGCAUCCACAGAAACCUGGGCACCCACCUGUCUCGUGUACGCUCCUUGGACCUAGAUGACUGGCCCGUGGAGCUCAGCAUGGUGAUGACGGCCAUCGGUAACUCCAUGGCCAACAGCAUCUGGGAGGGUUCCCUGGAGGGCUACAGCAGGCCGGCCAGCGACAGCAGCAGGGAGGAAAAGGAGCGCUGGAUCCGAGCCAAAUACGAGCAGAAGCUGUUCCUUGUGGGGCCACCCCAGUCGGACGUGCCCCUUGGCCAACAGCUGCUGCGGGCGGUGGUAGAGGACGACCUGAGGCUGACAGUAGUGCUGCUGGCACAUGGCACCAAGGAGGAGGUCAAUGAGACGUACGGUGACGGCGACGGACGUACAGCGCUGCACCUUUCGUGCGCCAUGGCCAACGUGGUCAUAACACAAUUGCUCAUAUGGUACGGCGUGGAUGUGAAGAGUCGCGAUGCUCGUGGCCAGACGCCCCUUUCGUACGCCCGGCGAGCUGGCAGUCAGGAGUGCGCCGACAUCUUGCUCCAGCACGGCUGCCCCAACGAUGCCGCCGCCUUAACAUCGGCGCCGGCCAACAUCAGCAACCGCAACGCCAACCCCAACAUCAACAACAACGCCCAGUGUGAGCUCGACCGCAGCAUCAGCAUCAUGUAG